UUGCGUAAAGUGAAUGCAGCUGUCCUUUGAUCUCCACUUCUCGAAGUCUCAGACCAGCCUCCCGGCGAAGAACACAUUUUCGUAAGACCCGCAGCUUAGGCUCCGAACAACCAACACCUUGGAUGCGCAGGCGACGAGCACGACCAACAAGAGCACGGUGUCAGCCCCGCGCCGGAUGGGGUCGGGAACCCAAAUCAUAUGACGACCGUUAUGUCGAUACCGUCGACCAGAUUCACUGCCUGGUCUAUCUCCCUGGUCUCGCAUCUCCCGCCUGCACCACACAGAUCCUGCCUCGUCGUCCGCUGUGGCCUGCCAUGCAGACCUCAUUUCCCAUCGUUCAUGCCUGUGGGGCACAACCAGUGAACCACACACCCUUGCGAUACAGGCCUAUAGCACCCUCGAGCGGUGGGUACUGGGUAGGUGCCACCCUCGUCUCAGGGUUGAGAGCCUUGCCACCUGGACAUCAUCUGGUCUUCCCUACUGCAUGAAUGGUUAGGUUCAUCCUUGAAUAAUCGGCGACUCCGGGCCCGAGAUUUCAGGCGAAGACGUUCAUUGCCUUGACGUCUUACAGGGCUUAGCGGUGGCCUGAAUACAACACCAAGGUGCCUGGAAGAAAUGACGCUGUAGGAUCGCGGGCAGUAAGAUGAACAACAGCGGACUGUUGGUUCUGAGAGGAUUGUUGGAGGGGGCUACUGCAUGCAAGUAGAUCGGAAGGGAAGAGUGGUCGCCUUCUAUGCGCCUUCCAGCAGGACCCCGUACUUUCUCACUAUGGUCAGAGACAGACCGGCUGCUAUACUGGUACGCCCCCUU